UCUUUGACCUAUUACUCGAAUUCGUCGAAUCUUUGUAAUGCCGGACUCGUCCCAUCCCUACCAAUUACAAGCAACCUGGCUUGUGAUAGAGCCACUUCAUAUUGCUGCCGAGUUGACACAAUUAUACCAGAUUCUAAAGCAAAUUGUUUGGGAGUUAAAAAGGAACGCAAUUUAUGUGUCGGUAAAAAUAUGAAUACUCUUAGUCGGGAUGUGCAACAUUGUAUCGGUGGGCAAUAGAACCAGCUCGGUGACCGUACGUUUGAACCCACGUACAUUUGAAUCCAUGAGUAUAUCCGCGGGCUCAAUCUUUUUAAUCUAAAACCCAUCUAAGGCACAACAUGUGGAGAGUAAGAUAAAAAAAAAACACAACGUGUAUCAUAGAAUGCAACUUGUGUAACAUAAAUAACACUGCAGGUAUGGCACUAUGGUGAGUUCCGAUAUUAAACUGUUGAAGGCUAAGCGGAUAUGAUGCCGCCUCUCAUCGUUUGGGAUUUGUUUACAUAAGCCGCAUCUGAAGCAAACCAAUAACUAACUUGAUUGAGUUCAGAAAUUGCUGCUUUCUGCAAAUAGCAAAGCGUUACAGUUUAUCGAAAUGGCGUUAAAGGGGAUAUCUGUACUGGAGUUGUCUGGUCUUGCACCAGUUCCAUUUGCUGGGAUGGUUUUAGCAGAUUUUGGUGCAAAAGUUACCCGAGUCGACCGUACGAAAGGUCACCGAGAUGAUAGAAUGGGAAGAGGCAAAAGAUCAAUUGCUGUAGAUUUGAAAAAACCUGAAGGAAUCGAAGUUGUCAAAAGAUUGUCAACUAAAUCUGAUGUCAUAAUUGAGCCCUUCAGACCAGGUGUUAUGGAAAAACUUGGUUUAGGACCAAACAUUUUAAUGAAAUCAAAUCCAAGAUUAAUUUAUGCAAGAAUAAGUGGUUUUGGACAAUCUGGUCCGUGGAAAAUGAUGGCUGGUCACGAUAUCAACUACAUUGCCACAUCAGGUAUAUUGUCAUAUCUAUGCAGAGAUGGGGAGAGACCACACCCACCCAUAAAUUUAGUUGCCGAUUUCGCUGGUGGUGGAUUGACCUGUGCAUUUGGUAUUGUUGCUGCUCUGUUAGAACGUGAAAAAUCAGGACUGGGACAGGUUGUUGAUGUUAGCAUGACUGAAGGGUCAGCUUAUGUCAGUACUUUUGCAUAUGUCAUGAAGUCGAUGAUGUUUUUCAAUAAACCUGGCAACAAUCUUCUAGACACAGGAGCACCAUUUUAUGAUUGUUACACAACAAAAGAUGGAAGACAUGUUGCUAUCGGAGCUCUCGAACCGCAGUUUUAUGAAAAGUUGAUUGAAGGUUUAGGUUUGAAUUCAGAUGAUUUGCCUAGUCAACUAGACAUUGAAAAAUGGCCAGAACUUAGGAAAUCUAUUUCUGAAAAAGUAUCGAGUUAUACUAUGGAAGAACUGAAUAAGAUUUUUGAAGGUUCUGAUGCCUGCCUCACUCCUGUGUUGACACCCGAAGAAGCUGCUCAGCAUCCUCAUAAUAGGGCAAAUGGUUCAUUUUUCAAAACUAACGACGGACAGGAUCUUCCUACACCUGCUCCUAGGUUAUCCAGAACUCCAGCUCAAGCUGACACCAAUCCUGGCUCGGACGCAGGUCAACACACGAGGGAGGUAUUGAGUGAAUACGGAUUUACGAAAGAAGAAAUCGAGACAUUAGAAAGGAAAAAUGUUGUCAAUGAGAGGAGCAGUAAAUUAUAAUUUUGUUUGUGAAAUUAACUUGUCAUGGUAAUGACAAAAAUGAGACGUGGACUGGGUCUUGCACUCGGAGGAAAUUCGGGUUGUAAAAAAAUUCUAGUUCCGAUCUCCAAGAAUUUGAUGAAGAAUAUUUUGCUGUAUGCGAGCCUUCUUUUAUAGGCUAUAAAGAACGCCUGGUAAUAUUAAUGCUUUUUGGGUUUGACCUUUUUUUCACCAUUGUUAGUCUGCAAUUUUGGCUCUCGACUCCGAGGAUGCAAAGAGUCAAACUAAGGUUAUAUUAAUUAGAAAGUCCAGCUACGUCUCAUUUUUUGCCAUUUUCAAGACUCUUAACCUUAAUAAUUCUUUGUUGAAUAUUUUAAUAGUGCAUUAUUUUGUUUAUAAUACUUCAAUGAAUCCUAUGCAUUGUUAUAGAUAAUUAUUUUUAAAAUUGAUUCAGUGUUUCUGUUGGUACCUACAAUGGCAGAUUUAAUAAUUAUUUUUGCUGAAUAAUA